UUACCUGACCCUUUGCACAAAGCGUCACUCAUUUGAAUAAGGUGAGUGUCGUCCGCCAUUUUGAAUCCAGGUAUACUUGAUCCAACGCGGAAAAGGUUUGUUUAUGAAGAAAGUUAACCUAAUGUGGACUUAAACUAUUCGUGAGAAGACAGGUAACCAUGUCGCGGUUAGUACGUGUGACUUUGGUGGCGUUUCUUGGUCUGUGCGCACUGUCACUGGUCGAUCUUGCUGCCGAAACUGAUGCUCCGUUUUCUUGGAUGAGGCCGGACAAGUUUGACUAUAUUAAUGACAUGUUUUCGGCCGUAACUGGCGAAAAUUGUCGUUCAAAACCGGCCGAACAGUUAAAUCUCCCCAGAGAAACUAUAGCCCAAAUCCCAAAAUACAACAAUCUCUUGAGCACAGUGAUAUACUCAAACAGAUCGGCUAUGCUACAUAUGCACAACAUGGCCCUCAACCGAGCCUUCUUCUAUAGUUUUAUAUACCAGAAAUUAAACAAUACGUGGGAUUUCUUAAACCAGCCAGGCUUACAAUAUUACUAUAUGUCCGCGGCGGCUGAUGUUUCUGCGAGCCCAGGCUUCUUGAACGGUUCAGCCUUGUAUUUUGACUUCAACUGCAGCUACCCCAACUGGUUUCGUACCUAUCCGUUCAACAAUACCAUUCCGUUCUUUGGACCAAGGGCAUGGAGAGCUGACGAUUACAACGAACCAACCAACUUCCUGCGAGAACCGACCAACAAUACUAUGGACAUUCAUGAUUACGGAGCAGGAAGAGAUUCCAACUACUCCAACUCUGCCUACAAGACCAAUCCUUGGUACAGCUUCUGGAUGCCAGAUAUAACAGGAGAAACAGACUCAUUGCGAAAGUUUACGUAUUCUGUGGGCAUAAAGUACUCGAAUACUACUGGGCACUUCAUCAGUGAUGAGUUUGAGGACACAUCCUUCUUCGGCCCUCCCCAGCCAAGUCAGACAGAUGGAGAUCAGUCUCUCCCAGUGCUGUUUACAUCCCCAUAUUUUGACUGUGGAAGGUCCAACAAAUGGAUUGUUAGUGCCACUGCCCCUGUUGUGGAGUACUUCCCCAGAUAUUCCAGAUACAUCCAUCUUAGAAGACCCAGGUUUGUGGCCGUGUCAACGAUGGACACUGAGUUUGAACGUAUUGACAUGAACCAGUGUCCACAAGCUGAGGGAAACCCUCCCCCCAACUACUUCGCUGGAACUGACCGAUGCAAAGGCACUACCAUGUGUGAGCCCAUCAGUGGGUAUGGCUUCAAACGGGGAGGCUACCAGUGUGUGUGUCAGCCUGGGUACUACUACCCCUGGUUCCACGAUGGCCCCUUCCUUGGAUGGGAGAUUGAGGAGGCCGCUCGAGAUGAGUAUGAAGUUGGUUUCGACUGCAUUGCUGUAGAUGAGCGUCAAGUCAUCCCUAACGUGAUGCCUGAGUUUGUUGAGAGGAAGAAGAGAUCAGUUUUGUCGAAGAAAACUGAGUUUUUGGAGAUGACCCUCCCAAAAGCUCAGAGUCCUCGACCCAGUCCCCGCCAGAAGCGUCACCUAGUUGCAAGACUCAAGGACUACAAAGAGAAGUUGUUAAGGGAGAAGAGAAGUAAGCUGGUUGCUCGCACUAAGAGAGACACAUCGCGCAAGAUCCAUCGCAACAAGCGAGAUGCUGUGGAUGAGAUAGCAGCAAAUCGCUUUGAGAACAUUUUGCAAAGGAUGUAUCAAACCAAGCCUGAGAAUUGCCAGUCCAAGCAGGCUCAUGAGCUGUACUUGCCAGGAGAUGCUGGGCACGGCGUCGAGAAGCUUUUUGAAGCUCAAGGUCGCACAGCACUCAGACUCGCACACUUCCUCAGCAACUUCCUGCAGAAUGUCGACGAGUAUGAAGAGUUUGGUAACCUCCGUGGUGACAGACGUCUAAAUGAAACUCACAUCUUUGCUGAAGUCAUUGCCAAUGUCAUGAGUGACUUCAAGAUAAAGGGCAGUGGGGUCUUCUUUGAUAGGUACAAGUUCCGCAUGUCACCACCCGUCAACAACACUGACCCCAGAUUUACGGACGGUAUUACACGAGAGUUCUUCGGACCUUAUGCCUACAAACUAGAGUUGAAGGAUGAGGGUCUGGAUUAUUACAAAGCAAUAGACUUUGCUGGCUUUAAGGACUAUUACGUUGAUGCAUCCUGGUACAGGGACAUGAAAGCAAGAUGGGCAACCAAUCAGUAUGGCCUGAAGAAAUUCACAGCUAAGCCCAUGAUCCGGUCCAAUCCGAUGGGAACCAGUUUGAUCCGCUUUGAAUAUUACCCCCUGACUUACCGAGCACCUCGCUAUGAAGAUGGAGAAUGGCUAAGACCACAGUUCAAGUGUGAUGGCAUGGUCAAUGAUUGGGUGGUUACUUACGUUGUACCAUUCUUUGGGAAAAACAGUCUGAAGACAGAGAUUGAAUUCAAGGGUGUGGUCACUGUGGAGGCCAAGCUUGACUACCUGGAUAUCAACCAGUGCCCGGCCGAGUUCCAUAGCGCCAACUCCUUCAAGAACACAGCCCGCUGUCACUUUGAAAGUCAAUAUUGUGUGCCUUCUGAGGGGAAGAGGUUUACGCGUGGUGGCUACAAAUGUGAGUGUCGCCAAGGUUACGAAUAUCCCUUCAACGACUUGGCCUGGUUCUUUGAUGGUCAGACAAUGGAGGAGGAAUGGAGGAAGUUGAGCGCUGGGGAACCCAAUAGGUAUGCUACACUGAAGUGCCGUAUAGCGGGAGCGUCGUCUGUGGCAGCAAGUGUGGUGAUGACACUGAUCCUGGCCUGUGCCGUCUCAGCGUGGACAAGGACAUGAUCCCCUUGUGUGGCUGGCUGGCUGGCUGCACACUGACACACACGGCAGACAACUAGUCUGGCCUCUUGUCUUACCAUCUAUUUUGGAGAAAUUCUUCCCUUUGUUAGUGUUUCUAUUGACUGUUCCCUUGCAGUUUUAAGCUGUAUCCUAUUUUCAACACUAUACCCUAUGCUUUGUGUCGUCCAGAGCCUGGCACACCAUCUUGCCUAAAGUAGCCGAGUUCAAACUCAUUGUAGGAUUAUAUAUGUUUCUUUGAUACGAAAGAUUUUAAGGGAUUGACAGCUUCCAAUGUAUUCGAGCAAGAAUCCUAAGUUGUUGAUGAAACACAGUUCCAGAUUGUGCCCAAGAUUGUUAUGAUUUUAGGAGAUGACAAGUAAUGUGGGACUCUUUGAAAUUUUUAGGUGCUUUGAUUUACUUUAUCAAUCAUAUAGUCCGUCUUCAUUCAUGAGACUUUUUUUAAUAGCUCAUAAAUUUGAUGCAAAUUAAUUUUUUAAAACUUGUACAUAUGUUGAAUAUGUUAUACCUUGUACAUAUAAAUAUGUGAUAGUGAUACCAUGCUCAUUUCCUGCGUGAUCAUGAACAGGUGAUAUCAUGAGCCACUGAAUGAAAACAUAUCAGCCCUGAAGGGCACCUUGUACAUACACAUUAUAUCUAUAUUUUUUAAAUAUCUGAUUUUUUUAUACAAAUUUAACAUAUUUCAUGUAUUAUAUUUUAUCUUUGUCUUAGGCUUGAAUUUCAGGCAUUUAGUGUUAUAAACGAUUCUCUACAAUAUGAAUAGAAGUGCUCAAAAUGCCCUUCUUUGACCUUAAGGUUAAAUAUAUUUGACAACAUUACAUUUCAAAUACCCGAGCAGUCAACAUCAGUAAUGAAUCAGUAAUACAGUCAUUUGGAAUUGUUGUGUAAGAAGCAAUUAGCAACCUUCAUGAUUAAAAUCAUCUCUGUCGAUGCACGUUCAUUCCUGCCAUAGGCACUUCCCCAUGUUCCAUUUGCUACUAUAUAUAUUUCUAGGCUUUGUAAAGAGAUUUUGUACAUGACAAAUCAAUAAAUGGUUUUUAUAGAAAUUGAA